CUGGUAUAUUUACCAAGCAACGGAGGCGUUGUUCACAAUGACAGGGAUCGUGUUCCCAAAACACUUUUUUGAAGGUUACAAAAACAUUUGCAUAAGUCCUUCCUAGAUCAACUACAAAGAGGAAGCAUUUAUCAGUUUCGAAACAGGCUGAGACGAACAGCCAUUCUGAAGGUCGAAAUGGGAACAUCACAGUCAAAUGCAACAAGCACGGGACCCUGUUCAAUAUUGAUGCAUCAUGCUUUAUUUCUGACUUGUUUUGCGUCUCUUAUGCUGUACACAGUAAUGACAAAAAGAGAAUUGGCUAAUUCGAUCGAAAGAAUUGAAGACAAGGUGUACAAAAAUGACGUGGCCAUGUUCAGAAACAUCGAGAAGAAACUGAGAGAUCUUGAAAAGUGCUGCAAAAACAGCAACCAGGAAAUACUGGAAACAGGAAGCAACGAGAGAUUUAUUCCAAGGGUGAUUAAAAGACGGAAAAAAAGAGCAGCGAGUCAUGAAGAUGAAAUAGCACUUUUGAAGGUGAUAACGAGGCUACCCAAUGGAAGCUUGAUACUUCCGACUUGCAUCCGAGGACCGACGGGGCUUCCAGGUCCCUCAGGUCCACCUGGGCAGAAAGGAAGACGUGGAAAGGCGGGGCCGAUGGGGUACAAGGGCAACAAGGGGGAUUCUGGGAUGACUGGACCAAAGGGUUCUAAGGGUGACAAAGGUGACCGAGGGUCACAUGGACGUGACGGAGGACGCGGGCCACAAGGAAUCAAGGGACAAAAGGGGGAGUCAAUAGCUGUACCCAAAAUAAUAGUUCCCCCGAAUAAUCAGACGGCAAUAGCAGGCAAUGUAGCAACAUUUACUUGUGAGGCAACGGGCAAUCCGGUACCAGAAAUUAGUCUAAUGCCGACUAAGAAGAAGUUAAUUGAUGGAAGGUACAAAUGGGUAGGAGAUGGAAUGUUGAUGAUUGAAAAUCUAAAGAGCACAGAUGAGGGCGAAAUAAAAUGUGCGGCAAAAAGUGUCAUUGGCGAAGACAGCAUGAUUGCUACAUUAAAAGUGAAUGUUCCAUCAGAGGCUCGGAUUAUAGUGUCGAAGAUAGAGACAGAAGAGGGAGCAAAAAUUCUUAUCAAAUGUAAUGUUGUUGGAAAUCCAUGGCCAACAAUUACAUGGAGUCGAAGGUCAGGAAAAAAGAUUUCUAAAAAUGCAAAAUUCAGGGACAGAAUGCAAACGAUUGAGAUAGAGAAAAUUAAAAUGGAGGACAGUGGAGAAUAUGUGUGCAGUGCAGUAAACAGUUUGGCAAAUUCGACUGCCACAGCAAACAUACAGGUUGCAAGGAAACUUUCCUUCCUUGUAAAGCCACCAAAUUUCAGAUUUGUUUUAUUUGGGCAAAAGCAACUGCUUUCCUGUUUUCAUGAAGGUGGAGUACAACCGAUCACGGUAACUUGGAGAAAGAAUGGAAAUCUUGUGACGAACAAAACACUACUAUCCAAAAAUAACCAGGUCAUGGCGAUUAAAUGGGACGUAAAAACAGAGGAAAACUAUCAAUGUGAAAUACGGUCGAGUAUUUCGACUAUUCAACAUUCUACUAAAGUACAAUAUUUUCUGCGGACGUGCAAAGAGGUGAAGCUAAGCGGUCAAACUGCAUCGGGACAUUACAGCAUUUACAUAAAGCAAAAUAUCAAUCAACCUGUGCGCGUUUUCUGUGAUAUGAGCACUCACGGCGGCGUUGGGGUGACCGUUGUGUCACACGACAGUGAAGCAAGGACACGCGUGCAAGGGAUUGAAGCGAAUCUUGGGUAUAUUCGGAAGAUCAAAUAUCAAAUUGCAAGUGAUCUGAUAAAAGAAAUAGUUAGAUUGUCGGACAAAUGUGAGCAAUACAUCAAAUACGAAUGCAAAGGCAGUCUCCUUUACUUGGAAGAAGCCACCCCUUUUGGCUCAUGGUAUUCAGUUACAGGAGCAAGGAAAAGUUACUGGGGAGGUAUGGACCAUACAGCAAAGGGUUGUGCUUGCAAACUGACAAAUUCAUGUGCUGGGGGGAAACCAUGCAACUGUGAUAUGAAUGACAAUGUUUGGAGAGAGGACUCUGGAUAUUUGCGAUAUAAAGAAGAUCUACCAAUAUCGGAAGUGAGGUUUGGUGAUACCGGGGAUGGUGGGGAAGAAGGAUACUAUAUGGUGGGAAAACUGAGAUGUUACUAAGGCAACUUCUUGAUUAAAUCCCUACAGAACAAUUAAUCGUAAUUUUGUGCAGUAUUCAAAUCGAGUGUGCCUAGGUAACAAAGCUAGGUUAUAUUUUCGUUCAUGAAAUAAAUUCUGGCAUUAAAGGAUUUCAAUCAAGAGAUAUAAUAUGAAAUACAUAAUGUUAUAAGGAAUAAGAAAAUCAUCCUGAUUUAUGCUCGAAGCUUUAAAAAAGGUUAUGAUAGGCUGAUUUUGUUUAUCAAAGUGGGUUGGGAUUAUCAGGGGGAGGGGAGUAGAGGGGGGGGAGUUAAGGGAGGGUAAAAAGAUGUAGGGCUGGAAAAAGCUAGGAGACUGAAACAGGUGUGUGUAUAGCAAAAUCAGAAAGCCAGGUUGUUCUAAUGAAGAAAUUGAGCGGUUUUCAAGAGAAUAAUGAUUUUGAUGUAUUUUCAUUUCAGCUAAAACUUAAUUGAUAACUAAUGCUUUCAUUGAUACAUAAACUAAGGCAAAUAGUUAGCAUGAAUACCGUGGUUUAGAUUUGGUUACAUUCUUUAUUUUGUAUAUAUCAAGUUAGAAAAGAGGAAGUUCCACUGUGGAAAGAGUGAAGGAUUUUUACUCUGCACCAAAGAAUUUUUGUAAAUCAUCUGUUAAAAUAUAGAAUUUUACAUUCACAAAGAAGUGAAGUUUCUGAAAUUCAAAUACCUUCAUGUGUUUCCAAAGGAAAUAUCAUUGCACCAAAUUAAACACAAUGAGAACUAUUCCUAACAAACGACAAGUUGAUUUCUAUGAGAAAUGCCAGUUUUGCUAUAUCAAU